AUGCAGCUGCUAUCCCAGCUCACGGCGGCGCUAAGGAAGGCGUGGACACCGUCCUUCCUGCGGGAUGUACUGUGCGAGUUCCUGGGCACGACUCUCUUUCUAUUUGCAGGCCUGGCUUCGGUGGUUCUGUGGCCCGCUGACUUGGCCCCCGCUGCAAACUUCCCUCUGGACCCUGUAGGCCUGGCCCUCAAGUGCAGCUCCAGCCCUCUACAUGUUGCCCUGGGCUUUGGGCUCUCCCUGGUUCUCGUGACUACCUGCCUUGGGCCCAGAGCCUCCGGGGGUGUCCACCUGAACCCAGCUGUCUCCCUGGCGUUGGCCCUGGGCCUGAGGGUUAGCCCCUGGCGAGCCGUGCUCUACAUUGGCGUGCAGCUCCUGGGGGGUAUCUGUGCCUCCGCCACCCUUCACGGGAUUAGCUCAGCCCCCCUCUGUGGGGAGGGAGCCCUGAAUCAGCUGGCCCCAGGAGUCUAUUCUUCCCAAGCCUUUGCUGUGGAGAUGUUCAUCACCUUUAUUCUUGCGCUUGUCGUCUUUGCAACCGGCCGUCCCGAAUCCCCCUUCCAGCAGCUUGGUCCCGUUGCGGUCGGUCUCUCGGUCACCGUGGGGCACCUGGUCACAAUGAGUUACACUGGCUGUGAGAUGAACCCAUCCAGGUCUUUUGGCCCAGCUGUGAUGGCUCUGAACUUCAAAAAUCAGUGGGUGUACUGGGCAGGGCCUUGUGCAGGGGCGAUGUUGGCCGCCGUGCUUCGUGACGUGGUGCUGCGUCCCCGCUGGGGUUGCCUUAGGGACUGGCUGCUCGAGUUCCGGGGAGCUGUCCUCCUCAGCCCUCGCAGCGAGCCCACCAGCCUGGAGCACACAGGGGCACCCGGCGACCCCCCCCCACAACCAGGAGCAAGGAUGUGA